AUGACUCGAUCAACACCAUUUCACCUCACUAGCUACCUUUCUGCUGGCCCAGAUCCCCUCCACAAACUGACUCCCAACGCCCCGCACAUCCUCGUCAUCGGUGCCGGUGUCACCGGUCUAACAAAUGCCUGGCAUCUUCUCGAUGCCGGCUAUAAAGUCACCAUUGUAUCGAAGGAAUGGGCCAGCGAUGGACGCACCCAGCGUCUAACCUCGCAAAUUGCCGGCGCAUUAUGGGAGCUUCCGCCCACGCAAUGCGGCGGAGUGAGACUGACCGACCAAGAGCUGACCGAAGCGGAUCUGAAGACCGCGCAGAGAUGGGCGCUGGAGAGUUACGCCAUCUAUGCGAAGCUGGCGGCGAAUACGGAGCUAGCGAGAGCGUUCGGGGUGCGAAUGCCAUUGUGUGCUUCGUUCCACACGUAUUAUGUCAAGGAUGAUGAACCGACGCAUGCCAAAAUGGAGGUUGCGCGGAAGCUGGCCCCGGGACGGUUUCACUGGGGCAUGGAGCUGGCGGGGAAGUACGGGGUAGAUGUCAGCUCGAAUGGGGGUAUGAAGGAUGCGUAUGAGCAUCCUGCACCGGUGAUCGAUACGGACGUCGCCAUGGCGUUCCUGAUGCGGCUCGUUAGGAGUAAAGGGGCGAGGAUGCAGACGGAUAACAUUGUGGGGAAUCUGCGCGACCAGGAAUCGCAUUUGUUGAGAAUGUAUGGUGCCGAUGCGAUUGUGAAUGCGACUGGACUUGGAGCUCGGGAGAUUGCCUCGGAUCUGGGGGUUCAUUCGUUACGAGGAGGCAUCUUGCGAGUCAUCAACGAUGGAUCGGAAUUUCCGAAGAUUGAGAGCUCUAUUAUCGUGGCGGCGGAUGAGGACGCCGAGGGGAAAUAUAUAGAUAUUGCAUUCAUUGUGCCACGGAGUGACAAUAUAUUGGUUUUGGGGUCCAUUGAGCAAGCCCAUGAGAUGGAUCUCGAUCUCACGCCCGACUCGCCGGUGAUCAAGGCGAUGCGCAAGCGAUGCGAAGACCUGGUACCUGUUCUGAAGAAUGCACGACUAGAUCCUCAAUAUCCAUUCGCACAAGGACUGCGACCCUAUAGAAACUCAAAAAUUCGGGUCGAGCGCGAGGGAAGAAAGACUCUGGGUGGACAGGAUAGUCGAAUCAUUCAUUGCUAUGGCCACGGUGGCGCAGGAUGGUCGCUUGCUUUUGGGACCAGCAAGGCGUGUAUGGAGCUGGUGGAGGGUGUAGUGAGGAAGCCUUCUUCUCGUCUUUAG